GGAGCGGGACCGGCUGGAGGGAGAUCGCUCUGGUGAAUCAGUGGGUGCGGGUGCGGCUGGCAGUACGGGAAAAGCACGCAGCAUGCUCUCGGCUGUCGGGAGCCUUCUGCGCUUGGGCUCGGGGUGCGCGGUCCGCUGCGCCCCAGGGGCGUCUCCAGCAGCCGCUAGGCUGCGGGUAACCGCUCUCCAGCUCUGUGGUCUCCCUCGCUACUUUAGUGGGGAGACUCGCAGCGAUCCUGAUGCCCAAAGUCACGGGAAGGUUCACAGGGUCCUCGCCCAGCACAAGCCCACACAAUUCGACAAGAAAAUCCUGGUGUGGACCGGCCGUUUCAAAUCGAUAGAGGAGAUCCCGCCUCGGGUUCCGCCUGAAAUGAUAGAUGCUGCAAGAAACAAAGCCCGAGUGAAAGCUUGUUACAUAAUGAUAGGACUCACAAUUAUUGCCUGCUUUGCAGUGAUAGCAUCAGCCAAAAGGGCUGCAGAACGGCAUGAAUCCUUAACAAGUUGGAACCUGGCGAAGAAAGCGAAGUGGCGUGAAGAAGCUGCAUUGGCUGCACAGGAUAAAGCUAAAUGACAUUCUGACAGAGCGUUCACUUGAAUACCAUCAUUAUUAUCGGAAACAAUAAAAGAUAGGUCAAAUAGAACAUGUUAAAAAUAUGUCAUGGGUUUUAUUUUUGCAGCAAGAAACACAAAGUCUUUUUUAUUCAUAUUUUAAAGUAAAUUUUAUUGAAAAAAUAGUGCACAAAAAACUAUAUAUAGUUUGAUAAAAGUCUCAGAGAACACACUUGUAUAAUCACUGCGCGGGUCAAAAAGUAGAAUAAUAGUUCCUCUGAAGGCUCUGUGCUCUUUCUCAAGUCGUCACUCCCAAAGGUAACAAUGAUUUUUACCACCAUACAUUGGUUUUGCCUGUUUUUGAACUUUAUAUAGAUGGAGUCACAAAGUAUACACCUUUGUGGAUUGUUAACAUUAUGUUGUGUUCAUACACAAAUAGUAUAUAGUUCAUUCCUGUUAUUUGCUUUAUACUUUUCAACUAUAUGAAUAUGCCAGUUUACCUGGAUACUUGGUCCAGUUUUUGGUUACCGGAGAAUGUUAAAAUGAUCACUUUGUGUCAUUAAAAUUAGCUUUAAACUAAA